GACUCGCAUACGUCUUGGAGUAUGCAGGUGUCCUUCUAUAGCUAAUGUCACUUUAAACGUAUCGGUACCAAUAACGCGACUGUUAAGUGAUAAAUGUGCGAGUGAAGUGUAGUGAUAGUGUUACGAGGUGAUUACAAAGCGGACCCAACUCAAAAAAACAUGGCGUUAUAUAGUAUAUAAAAAUAUGCAAUGUUGAAUGGUAUAGGUAAAAAAUAGUUAAAAUGGGGACGGUGUCUGUGAGUUUGGCUGUGGGUUUUUUUCUUCUGGGAUGGUUUUCCGAUACCAUAGCGCUAAAGGAUGUGCAGUUAAUAGCGCCGUCUGCUGUCAGACUUGGGGACACAGUGCUCCUUGGCUGCAAAUGGACUCUCGAAGGAAACGAGACUCUCUACAGUGUCAAGUGGUACAGAGGCAGACAGGAGUUCUUCAGCUACCUUCCCAAAGAAUACCCGUUUACGAGAAUAUUCGCUCAACCUGGAAUUGACGUUGAUGUGUCAAGAUCCACUUCACAACAGGUAGUCCUGCGAGAUGCUACCCGCGCGCUAGCCGGUCGCUACCGCUGCGAGGUAUCAGCCGACGCACCUUCCUUCCAUACUCAAGUCCGAUCAGCUUUCAUACACGUCGUUGAGCUGCCCCCUGAGAAGCCGUCAAUCAAAGCUGAGAAGGGAUGGUAUGCAUCUGGGGACUCUCUGCGAGCCCAGUGCACGUCACCGCCCGCUGACCCCCCCGCCAACCUCACCUGGCUGUUGAAUGGACGAGAUAUUCAAGGAAAACCAAUUAUACAGCAGAGAAUUCUACCAAGUCCUGCCAUUUCAAUUGAUUUACCGCAUUCGAGUCGUAGCACGACAGCUCCUGGGGAUGAAAACAGUAUUAUCAUUUUCAGUCCUUGGAAAGCUUUUGGGCCUUUUGUCGACAGCGUACAGGACGGAGAAAUUCUGCCAAGUCAAGAUUCAGUAAUGUUUCCAAGUCCAAGGAACCAUGUUGGCGCUCUGGAAGAAGAGGCUACAGAUCCAAUACCCACAAUACAAUCAUCGAAAAAGGUGGCUUCAAUCAGUCAGUUAUCAUUUAUGGUUCGUCCUGACAGCUUCGAGCGAGGUCAGCUGAGAUUGACUUGUAUUUCUACUGUGCAUUCAGUGUACAACGAGCAGGCUGAACUGGUCAUUAAUGAGGAAAGGCCUCAGAUCGCUUCAGUGCUCGGUACUCGGGACCAUUCCUCGGGUCCAGCGACUGCCUCUUUGCUGCUAAUCAUUAUUUGUUUCACAGUGUCGGAUAUCCUUAGAGUAAUUCUGCGAUGAUGUCUAGCCUAAACGAAGCGAACCUGUACAUAAAACGUAUUUUAAAAGAAGUGCUAAAUUAUUUUACGUAGCGACAAUAGUGUCUCAUUGUAUUAUUGUAAAAGAAAUAUAAAAUAAAACAAAUCUUUUUUCAGGUGUCAUCUAUAAAAACUUUGAAUUCAUUACGAGAAAGUAAUAAAAGUAAAUCUCGUGGGAUUCUUGAAAGUAUUGAUUUUUUUUUUGUAUCUUAUACAACGAAUGGUAUUUACAUAUAUAGAUAGAUAAAUAUAUAAAGGGUAAAAAAAAGGGAUUGUGUUUCAUGUAAAUAAUUGUAUAAAAUGAUAUAGAUAUACAAGAUGUGUAAUUUUAAUGUUCUUGUCAUGUGUUGUAGUGUAGAUUAUAUAGGCCUACUGAGGACGCUGCAGACUUUUAGUUCAACAAAUUCAUACAUUUUAUUCCACAUAUACAACAACUUAACUGUAUACAAUCACCGAUUCGUAUCUCACUUUAUGUGAAAUCUUUGUAUAUCGUUGAAUUUUACUUUAUCUGAAACCUUUCAGUUAUGAAGCGGAUACAUUAACGCCUUUAAAGUCUACAGCGUUCGUUUGAUCCUAGCCUCUCUAAGUAUAGUAAGCUACAUAAAUGUGCAUCUUAUAAUAAAUAUGUUGCAUAUUUAUGAUCGCCGAAUGUACAAUGUAAUUCUCUUCCUCUUAUGAAAGUAAUGAAAUGUUUUGUCAAAAUAUAAUUAUAUUGUUUAUUUAACAUAGGUCUUUAAAGAUACCCUGAAUAAUAUUCGUAAGUAUGUUAGAUAAUGUAAUAAUUCUAAGUACAUAUAAAAACUAUCAUUAUUAUUUAUCCAACUGUUUUAGAAUAAAUGUGUCAUUUAAUUGAUGAAUAUAUAUAAUGUUGGCAAAUUAUUUCAGGUCUAGUAAGUAUUAUGAACUCAAUACUAAGUGUCAUCUAUCACAUUAAAUGAAAAGGUUGUAAAAAAAUGUCAAUGUAAAUUCGUUUUUUGUUAUUAAAUGUUUCAGCGAAUAGGUUUUUUUUUAUUUAUUUUUUUAAUUGUUCUUUUCUUACGGUAUGAUGUGAAGUUUAGAUUUAUGUCACAUAUUUUAAAUUGUGAUUUCUGAAGUUGAUAUUGUUAUCGUGUCCAAA